AACCACUGAAAAAACUAACGUGUGUCACGUGUAUACAUCAAAACACUACUUAUAUUGCGUUAAAUGAAAAAGGACAUAGGUUUGUAAAUCAAUUAAAUGUUUAUUUUCAACUAUUUAAACAUGUCACAUCCGAUAGAGGGUCCUGAUCUAAAGAAAUACAGUUGCUUCUCUUAAUAACCCAAAAAUGGUAAAGGUUAUAAGAACUAACUGUAACAUAAGUAUAAAUAUUGUUCUGAUUCUAAACAAUUCUUAUUUUUAUUCGUUUUUGUGUUCUGUCCAUACAUGUAGAAAAUUUUCAAAGCCUUGUACGUACAACACAAAUUGACAAUUAAUCAAGGUUCUCUUGGUAAUAGCAUAGUUGUAGCAACUGACAACUGUUGAAUAAUCUAGAGCAUUUUAGUUCAACAAAUCUGUUUAAUUGUAAGUUUAAAAUUUAAACCUUUGAUUUAAAUUUCUGAUACAAUGUACUGUAUCAAUUCAGAUGUAUGCAAAAAUUAAGAUUUACCAUGGUAAUAAUCUUACUAGUUUUAUGCAAAUACAAUGCUAUAAAACCACCAGACAUCCAAUGUAGGGCUAUGAAAUUAAAGAAUUUUAUCACAAGUUUAUGAACAUCUCUUUAUUAUUAUUCAUUUGUUUUAUUUGUUUUGAGCAAUCUUGACAAAUUUGAUUUUAAAAAUGAUUUAUUAAAUAUAUUUUUCAAUUGUAAAAUGUAUUAUUUGGUAUUAUAUUAUACCUUAUAUUUAGACUGAUCUUUAAGUAGGUCAGCUAUUCAGACUUGAAUUUGCAUCGAGUUCUUUUCAAAGGGUGCACAAUAGGCCAUCAAAAAACAGUCUACUUAUCAAAGAGAAUAGAAGCUUUGAUGCCUAAAAUGCACACAAUAUAAACUUAAAAUAGUCUUUUGAUAAAAAAAAAAGAAUAGAACAAUUGUAGAUGCAAAAACAAGUAGGCCCACAAAAUAGGUUUAUGAUACAGUUCAAGAAAACUUAAGACCAAUAUGCAAUAUUUUUUAGCACAGUGUGCACAGUUAAAUAAUUUAUUUUUUAAUUUGUCAUGAAUUAAUAAUAAUUAUAAUACUCAAUAAAUAGUUGUAAAAACGUGUAACACGAUACAUUAUUCUUCUAUUUUACAAGUAAAAGUAGUAUAGGUAUAGUAGAAACAGACGCAUACACGUAGUUAUUUUACUCAUUUUUCUAACAUUUGAAGAAAUUUGCUAUAAAAUAUUGUAAAUCGUAAAUUUUAUUCAGAAUAUUGAAUAAAUCCCGAACCCCAUAACAACCGAAAGAGUAUUGCCUUAUCAAGCUAUGACAGGUUCCCUUCACAUAUACAAUCUCCUCAACUGUAUGACCAAACUUGCCUUCUUCCACUUACAACCCUCCGCGACUUAUCGCCCCUAUUCAAUCUACUCCUUUAUAUUCUAUUCCCCCUGAACCGAACAAUGUCUCUACCCACACGAAAACAAAGAAAUAAAGGAAAGAAAAACAUCGACCCUCCGAAAAGGCAAAGUCGUGAGAGCUCAACGCCGCUCCUCGCACGCACCUCUCUCUCUCUCUCUCUCUCUCUCUCUCUCUCUCUCUCUCUCUCUCUCUCUCUCUCUCUCUCUCUCUCUCUCUCUCUCAUAUCGAUCCGGUUUUUCGCGGUAGUUCCGUUCCGCGAUGCGCGAUUUUCGCGUGUUGUAUAUAUACAGUUACAGAACAGCGGCGUAGCAUACAACACGCGCGCGCACACUCCGGACGCAAUUCACCUCUUAUUGGUGCUAUAAUAGUGCAGCCGAUUUUUUUUUAUACUGUACACACUGCACACACGUAGCGUAUAUAGGUAGGGUUGCCAUGUCGCUAUCGAUUUGCGUGAGGAAGACAAGUUGUGCUAGUGGUAGUGGCAGCGGAUAUCAGUAUUAGUUCGCUGUGGCGCGAACGAAGAAAGACACGAGCGUGUAGGGGCGUGGGUGUAUACCCCCUAUACACUACCAUGAUAUCGAAGAAGACUUAAGCGAGAGAGUGUGUAGAGUGCGCAAGAGUCCUCCUCGCGUGUGUAUAGGCGCUAAGCAGUACUAGCUGCAGUCGUGAGCCAGAACAACAGCAGCAGCCACGACGACGACGACGAUGUUGUUGUUGUCGUCGGCGGCUGAGGAGGAGGUGGUGGAAGUAGCGGCACUGCUAUCAGUGCAGGCCUGCAAGUGACUGCGUAUCGGGAGACAAAGGACUGAUGGUUCUCGCCGAGAUCAAGUUUUCUGGUUUCCUCCAGAAGCGUCGUGCCGCCGAAUCUGAGACUAUAAAGCAGCUUACCACCCCCCGCCGCCGGAACCAUCACCCUCAGCAGCCGCGCAAUCGCCGGCGUCGUCGCUAUGUCAACGGCUGUCCGGCAUGCGAAACGCGCGCAACAGCCGACAGCAGCAGCAGCAGCAGCAGCACAACUCCACCCGCCUCGCACGUCACUUGUCUCGCUACUGCUCACUCCAAGAGACAGGACUCACGCCACCGGAGCAGCGUCGCUUCCGGCGAAUUCACGGGCUGCAGCUGCCCCUACACCCGCAGCAGUUCCUCGGCUGGCUCGUGCUCGCCGUCGUCGGAGCCAGCACCUUCGGCUGCGUCGUCCCGGUCCUCGGACCCCAGCUUCGACCGCCGGUCUGCGCCGUCGUCGGCUCCGCGUUUCUCGUCCAUCUAGCCGCUCAUCUCUGCGCUCUCCUCCUCGACCCGGCCGAGGCCGAGGUUCGACGACAGCCGGCCUCCAAGCUAGUGCCGGAGUUCGAUCGGAGCAAGCAUCUGCACGUCAUCGAGAACGGCAGGUGUCACUUGUGUAAUGUCGACGCCUCCUCCAAGAGGACGAAGCACUGCUCGGUCUGCAACAAGUGCGUCGCGCGCUUUGACCACCACUGCAAGUGGCUCAACAACUGCGUGGGCAGGCGAAACUACGCCGCGUUCAUAGUCUGCCUGGUCUCGGCGAUCGUCAUCGCCCUGGCCGUCCUCGGCCUCGUCGUCGCCGAGUUGUCGCUCGUUCGUCUCGAGGCGCGGCUUUGGGCCGAGCACAACGCCACUGACAUGGACAACGUCACGCUGCCGCUGAGUCUGCCGCUGCCCGGCACCGGCUCGCUCAUCGUCAUCUCCAUCGUCGGCAUCCUCUCGGCCAUCGCCGCCGUCCUGCUCAUCCACCUCUGCUUCUUCCACGGCUACAUCGCCUGUCUGGGAGUCACGACUUACGAGUACCUACGGAGCAAGCACAACAAGCAGAACGCCGUGGCGAGAAACGCCAGCUCCGGAGCUACCAUCACCGAGGAGAACGGCAGGAACGGUGGAAUAGCCGCUGUCUGCCUCAACAAUCGUUCGUCCUUCUGCAACCAGCAGCAGCAACCUCAGCAGGACGCGCCGCUGCGAUACCACUUCUGCGAGACGGUGAACGCCAACGACGGUAGCCGGAGCGACUCGCGCAACAUCUACAUCUGCUCGACCCACACCUCCACCACGACCACUGCUCAGAUCAGUCAGCAGAGUCAGAACGGCUGCAACACGCUGCAGACCACGACGAUCCAGCAGCGCAGCGACAUGGAGAAGGAGCGCCGAAACUUCCACCUCUACUUCUCCUAUGACUCGCGCUGCAACGAGACCCAGAUCGAGCUCACCUCUACCCAGACCGUCCUCAACGCCGAUGGCUCGCAACAGCAGCAGCAGAUCCAGCAGAUCCAGCAGUUCGACCGUCCGCCUCUCGAGCUCAAGCCCUCGACGCCAUCGCCCGUCUCCUGUUGUUUCUCCAUCAUGGGCCCCUCUUCCACGGCAAGUCUCGAGAAAGCCAAGCAGCGCAAGCUGCGCCAGGCCAAUGCCGAGUUGCAACUCGAUGAGCGUCAUCACGACGGUAAGCCUCCGCUUAGCGCGAGGUCUUGUACGACCAUGCGCCGCAUCCAGACGUUCCUGCGCACCAGACUCAGAAAGAACGCCCGGCAAAGGGCUAUCAAUGCCGAGGCGUGCAGCGCCCGCAAGAACAAGAUCAACCCGCUCACCGCUGGCUCCGAGUCCAAGGAGGAUGAUCGCAGUUUCAAAAACGAGCCCAUCCGGUGCAUUGCAGUCGAGCCCAGAGAGGACAGCGUGUCACCGCUUUCUCUCUUACCGAUGGUCCAGCAGCAACAGCAGCUGCAGCCGCCGACAAAGUUGCCGCCGCUUACGCUGCCCUCGCGUCACCGACUCGGCAAGUCCGAGCUCGUACUCGCUGACCCGGCUAGUUUGGCAAUCGUCAAGAGGAACCAGCCCCACUUGAGGGUGAGGCGAGCCUCGCUCGGCCACAAAAGGCCCAGGUUCAAGGUGGGCCCGCACCUCGCACAGUCCGCCCAGCUAUCGCCGAUACCCGAGUCCGAGCUGUCCAAGCCGGCCUCGCCCAGAUCGCCGCCGCUCAAUCACUUCACCUUCCCACCGCUAAAUAGUUCAUAGAUCAUGGUUGGACGUGUGCAGACUGUCGAGAGAUGAUGCGUUGUUGUUGUUUUCUAGUUGUAAGAGUUUGAGAGAGGACUGAGGAAGACUCAGCUAUGGUGUUUCGAAAGGGUUUUAUCGAGAUUUUCCGUAGUUUUAGAAAGCGAGAUCGACAAAGUUUUUGCUCAUCGGUUCUCGAGUUUGACGCAUUCGUGAUUUUUGUUAUAGACACAUUUAGUUUAAUGAACUUCUUUUGAUAUAACGUAACGAUUAAAAAUGUGAUGAUCAAAGUUCUUUGCUGUCAACUCAUGAAAGUAUUGUAUUUCUUGAAUUUUAAACUCGAUUAUUCUCAAUCAUCCAUUCGUUGCUAGUAUUGUUGAAUUUUAUCAAUAUUAGCUAAAUUUUAAAGAAUAUAAUAAUACGUGUAUAACGACUAAUAAAUGUAAUUGCAGAGAGUAUUAAUAUAAUAUAGAUCAAAUAAGAUUAGAUGUCUAUCUGAAAUGGUAUAUUGCUUUAUCAGAGCGUUGAAUUGUCCAUAAAACAAUUUGAUUGACCUAUAGGAUGCAUUAGAAAUUUUUUAACUUAUUCUAUUGAAUAAUACAUGAGCUAUUGUGACAUAAAAUAAGCAACCAUUAUGAAUCGAAACUCAAAAUUAGAAUAAUGAUAUAAGCAUAAAUCUAAACUAAUUAACAAAUCAUUCUUCCGUGCCAAUGUACAAAUAGUUGAUAAUAAACUUUGUUAAGCAUAGUAUAUGCAUUGAACAAUGUAUCUCGAAAGUUUAGCAAAGAUGACCCGACGAGUGAAAACUUUGAAUCUUAACCUUUUAGAGUUUAUGGGCCGAUAAAAUUUUAGAGAUAACUAAAAAUCAGAAUUUUAGACAAUGACACUUUAGGAAUUAAAAGAGCACUUUGUUUCAUGUGAAGUAUAAGCCGUACCAAAGCUAUUUUCAGCAACUAUGUUUACUGUUUGAAUUUCGAUUGUUUAUGUUUCGAAGACUUCGUAUAAAGUCGAUGACAAUCUCUUGAUUUAUUUACAUAAAGCACGGAGAAAAUCGUCUUAUCUAGCAAAACCAAAUAUUAAAUUUCAUCAGGGGCAGAAUAAGAGUUUAUAAAAACUCUUCAAUGAAGUAAUUUUUAAGCAUAAAAAAAUAUUUAAAGUAUGUAUAGAAGACAUAUUAAUUAUAGUUAUUAUAUGCAUAGAUUUAAUCCUAGACAUACAAUUUAUUGAAUACAUUUUAGUAUUGCUAAAAUGUAUAUAGUAAUACCAGAAACAAGAAUCAAAAACGAAUGUAAAUAUGAAUUGGCAACAAAAUCAAAAUAAUAUUUCAGUAAAAGUGUAGCUCUUUAAAAUUAUUUAGAUUUAGUUCAAAAACUACGUAGUUAUUUACUUUGAAGAUAAGCUUAUAAUCUACAAUAGUUAUAUUAAUACAAUUUUUUAAUAUCUAAAAAAGUAACUCAAAAAGUAGAUUUUUGAUUAAACAUAAUUCCAGCGCGUAACUUUAGAAGAUAUAUAUUCGUAAUUUUGAAUAUGAUCAUUAGAAAAUAAAUGGAUCUAUAAUAAUAUUCUGCCCAUGAAAAACCCUACCUAACAAACAAGAAUAAUUUUGCUACGGAAAGCGUUUUUCCGUGCAAUGCUUGACCUAGCAUCACAUUGGUCUUGCUGUGAACAUAUGAAGAAACCAUACUCUCGUUGACACAAUUGUUUGGUAUCCCCCAAUACUUCUGAAUAAACGAAUAAAUGUAUACGCGAUUAUACGAGCCGUUAUAUGGAAAAUGUAUAAUAAAAAAGUGUCGUAUAAUCGCCGCAGCCUAUGACUCUGCGCGAGUAAAAAUUUAGACGUCUAUUUUGAAUAAAACGUAUAUCCGCAGAUAAACGCGAGCUUUUCUACUGAAUAAUUUUACUGCUAAACAGCGUACUGUAAAAGUACGAAACCAGCGAUGUUCUGUAUGAUUGUGAAGAUGAAAAACAGUAUAAAAUAUCGUUGAAAAAGGAACGAUUUGCGACAUUGUUAUCUAUGCGUUUUUCUUACCUACAUUCGUAUGAGCCUUAUUUUCGUUGCAUAAUUAAGACUGAACAAAAUAAAUAAAAAAUAAAAAAAUUUUUUUAAAAUAUGGAAAAGAGCAAUAAUGCUGAGUGGACCUAAGGAAUGUUGUUUGGCAUUGCGCUGCAUAAUAUAAGGUUUAAGAAAACCCAAGCUAUUAUAAUGCAUUGCCCUAUAUCGUUAAAUAGGCGUAUUGCGGCACAUCGCGUGUGAGUCUCAUUGUUCGUUUAAGAAUUAUAUGUAUAAAAUCUGGUUGAUCAAAACAUAACAACAAAAAAGGGUACAUAAGCACACAUUUUCCAUGUGAUACAGGCAAGAUGUUUUAAAUAAUUUUAUAUUUAUACACGAUUCUAUUGUUUAACAAUUAAGUGAAAUAAAUGCCCGAAUAAAUUUUCAUGGCUAUUUAA